UUCAGCCAAUCCUCAGUACAACCCCGCAGGACUACAUCAAGGCAGCGAGUGGGAGGGAGGACUUGGGAAGCAAAACAUGGCGAAAUAACAAGUUUAGCUGAUAUCCGCAGUUAGACACUGCACGUAUCUUGCAACGUUGGACUUCAACUAAAUCAAAAUAAGACGCCGGAGAACGACAGCAACGCCUAACUUGACAGAGACGAGUGCUCCAGCUUACAAGUAUUACGGUGGCUGGCGAGAGAAAAUAGUGCCUGCCUGCCUGCCUGUCUGUCUGCCUUGUGUUUCCCCCGGAAGGUUGGCACUGCUAGGCGCGACUGUCAACAUAGAAAAUGGAUGAAGGAAAGUUUAUUCUGGAAAAGACAUUUUAGUUCGCUAGCUUAGCUACGUUCGCUGGUCAUUUGACCGCGCACACCUGUAUUGGAAUUACCGGUCCGGUCGAAAUUGAGGAAUAUUUAAAUCGUGUUCACAAGUUUGACAACUGCAGUCGCGGAGAAUCGUGCUUCCAGUGAGGCCUUUAUUUUUCGCUUUUCCGCUCUUAUUCUGCAUUUAAGAUUAAUAAUGACCGCCUGACAGUCGGUUCUGGUGCGGUGUGGACAGAUCCAGACGCCAUCACAUUAGACGUUGCGUUUUGCCCCAAAAAAAGUACCAUCGCGUUGCUGCCAUAAAUGUUAUGUUAUACUUUAUUGUCGUGACUAAGGACGUUUAAUUGGCACAUCAGAGCGGUUUGAUAUUUUUUUCCAGCGACACGCAUCGUUGUACCGUACAUGACAUUAGCUGGGAUGUUGUACAGCAGCACAGACGCGGCGUCUUGUCAAAAUGAACGCAGCAAGGUGUUCAACAACAGCGGAGGUGCGCUGCAUUUAAAACCUGCCAGCGGUUAAAUCGCUGCUAAUGGCCGGCUAACGGAGUUUGUUGAAAUCUCUCAUUUUAAGUUGUUUUGGCGAGAUAUUGCUGCCGGCAUUUCUGUAAAACAACUGCGGAUAAAAUUGAAGCUCUCGGCCAGAGUUGACGCGAGCUAGCCAGCUGGGUGCGUCUAUCUAUCUGCGAGGUGUUCGCUAAUCCAAGUGCUACAGCGUUAUUCCGCACCAGCUCCAGCAUUUUGUAUCGUUUGCUACGUUUUCUCCGUCGUUGGCCGUUUUUAAGCAGCCACCGGAAUUGUGUACUGGUGCUUCUUGUCACAUUACUGGCUAACUUGGAAGCUAGCGUGAUAAGUUUCGCCAGCUAUGUCUGAAAACGCCCCCACACGAAGCCUGGAUGACAUAGACCUCGCAGCUCUGAGGGAUCCAGCAGGAAUCUUUGAGCUUGUCGAGGUCGUUGGCAAUGGGACAUAUGGACAGGUGUACAAGGGCCGUCACGUGAAGACGGGCCAGCUGGCUGCCAUCAAGGUGAUGGAUGUUACAGAGGAGGAAGAAGAGGAGAUCAAAGCAGAAAUCAACAUGCUGAAAAAAUACAGCCACCACCGCAACAUAGCCACGUACUACGGUGCCUUUGUGAAAAAGAGUCCUCCAGGACACGAUGACCAACUUUGGCUGGUGAUGGAGUUUUGUGGGGCGGGAUCAGUGACCGACCUGGUGAAAAACACCAAGGGCAGCUCUCUGAAGGAGGACUGGAUUGCUUAUAUCUGCAGAGAGAUCCUAAGGGGCCUUUCACACCUCCAUGCCCACAAAGUCAUCCACAGAGACAUCAAGGGACAGAACGUGCUCCUAACAGAGAAUGCAGAGGUCAAACUUGUUGAUUUUGGAGUAAGUGCUCAGCUGGACAGGACCGUUGGGCGUAGGAACACCUUCAUCGGCACACCCUACUGGAUGGCACCUGAGGUCAUUGCCUGUGACGAGAAUCCUGACUCCACUUAUGACUACAGGAGUGAUAUUUGGUCCUUGGGGAUCACAGCCAUUGAGAUGGCGGAGGGAGCACCUCCCUUGUGUGACAUGCACCCGAUGAGAGCCCUCUUCCUGAUUCCCAGGAAUCCCCCUCCAAAACUCAAGUCCAAGAAAUGGUCCAAGAAGUUUAUUGACUUUAUAGAGGGCUGUCUUGUGAAGACAUAUCCCAGCCGGCCGUCCACAGAGCAGCUGCUCAAGCAUUCUUUCAUCAGGGACCAGCCCACUGAACGCCAGGUCCGAAUUCAGCUCAAAGACCAUAUUGACCGUACGCGUAAGAAAAGGGGAGAGAAAGAGGAGACAGAGUAUGAAUACAGUGGUAGUGAUGAAGAUGAUGAAAAUCGUGGGGAUGACAGAGAGUCAAGUUCAAUCCUCAACGUGCCCGGUGAGUCCACCCUGCGGCGAGACUUCCAGCGGCUACAGCAGGAGAACAAAGAGCGCUCAGAGGCUCACAAGAGGCAGCAGGCCCAACUGGCGGCUCAGCGCCGGGACCCUGAGGAACACAAGAGGCAACUGCUGCAUGACCGACAGAAACGCAUUGAAGAGCAGAAGGAACAGCGUCGUCGACUCGAAGAGCAACAGAGGAAAGAGCGAGAUAUGGUGAGGCAGCAAGAAAAGGGUCCCCAUCGGAGACUUGACGAUAUGAGACGCGAGGAAGAUAGAAGGCUGGCAGAGAGGGAGCAGGAGUUCAUCAGACAUAAGUUAGAGGAAGAGCAGCGGCAGUUAGAAAUCCUUCAGCAGCAGUUGCUUCAGGAGCAGGCACUGCUUAUGGAGUAUAAGCGCAAGCAGCUGGAGGAGCAGCGUCAGUCAGAGCGGCUGCAGAGGCAGCUGCAGCAGGAGCAUGCCUACCUGGUGUCUUUGCAACAACAACAGCAAGAAAAGAAGCCCCAGCUUUACCACUACAAUAAAAACCUGGAGCCUAACAACAAACCCACUUGGGCCCGUGAGGUGGAGGAGCGAAGUAAGCUCAACAGACAGGGUUCACCUAAAAUCUGUACCACCGUCUCUGACACUGCCAUCCAGUCACGCUCCGACUCAAUCAGUCAGUCAGGAGUGGUCCAGUCUGCACAGACUCCACCAAUGCAGAGGCCAGUCGAACCCCAAGGGGGGCAGGGCAAGUUCCAGAUGGCUCACUUGGUCCCUCUGAAGCCUUAUGCUGCACCUGUCCCUCGCUCCCAGUCCCUCUGUGACCAGCCCACUAAGACCAUGUCCGCCUUCCCCACCCAGGAUCCCUCCCUCACCCCCACACCCCGCCCCAUGCACUCUAGAGAGCUGGUACGCCAGAACUCAGACCCAACCUCUGAAACCCCGGGUCCACAGGCACAUCAAAUCCGAGAGGAUCGUGGCCCCUGGAUCCGCCUGCCAGAUGUAGAACUCCCACCCAAGAUUCCCCAGAGGACAGCCUCCAUUGCCACAGCUCUUAACACCAACUUAACCUCUGGCAUUAGGCAUCCAGUAAGAGCCAGUAAUCCAGAUCUCAGCCGCAAUGAUCGCUGGGAGAGAGGAGACAGUAUGAGCAUCAUAUCCAAUCUACCCCAGACUGGCUCUCUAGAGAGGCAUCGUAUUCUCAGUUCCUCUAAAAUGGAUUCACCCAUUCUCUCUCAUGACAGUCGUCAUAAGCCGGGGGAGUCUCGAACCUCCUCCCGUCCUGGACGCCCUGCUAGUUACAAAAGAGCUAUAGGGGAGGACCAUGGCCUUUUUGCCAAGGAACGUGCUGAGGAGCCACCAAGGCCCCCGGUCAAGGCCAAUGAUUAUUCCUCGUCUUCAGAGAGCAGCGAGAGUAGUGAAGAAAGUGAGAGUGGCGAGGGAGCAGAGGAGGAAGAAAGCCCCACAGAUCGCCACAGGGACGCAGACACUGAUUCAGUCAACACCAUGGUUGUUCAUGAAGAUGAGGGCGAGGGGGUAGAAGGAGAGCAAGCUGGAGGCUAUGGGGAUCAGACCAUGUUGGUGCAGAGAACCCCAGAGAAGCGGAGCCAUAAUGGAUACACUAACUUGCCAGAUGUGGUGCAGCCCUCUCACUCCCCCACUGAUUCAGCGACUCACUCCUCCCCUGGGAAGGACUCUGUUUAUGAUUAUCAGUCCAGAGGUUUGGUUAAAGCAUCUGGCAAGUCUUCCUUUACCACCUUUGUUGAUCUGGGAAUGUACCAGUCACCAGGAGGUACAGAGGAUAACAUGUCCAUCAGCGGCUCCAGGUUUGAGCAGCUGAAGAUGGAGGUCAGGAAAGGAUCCAUGGUGAAUGUCAAUCCCACCAACACACGGCCCCCCAAUGACACACCUGAGAUCCGCAAGUACAAGAAGAGGUUCAACUCAGAGAUCCUGUGUGCUGCACUCUGGGGUGUGAACCUGUUGGUAGGCACAGAGAACGGUUUGAAGCUUCUGGACCGUAGUGGUCAGGGCAAGGUUUACCCCCUCAUCAACUCCCGCAGAUUCCAACAGAUGGACGUCCUGGAAGGCCUCAACCUGCUCAUCACCAUAUCAGGCAAGAAAAACAAAGUGCGUGUUUACUAUCUGGCGUGGCUGAGGAAUAAAAUACUCCACAAUGACCCUGAGGUGGAAAAGAAGCAAGGCUGGACCACUGUGGGGGAAAUGGAGGGUUGUGUACACUACAAAGUCGUGAAAUAUGAGAGGAUAAAGUUCCUGGUGAUUGCUUUGAAGAAUGCGGUGGAAGUUUAUGCUUGGGCGCCCAAACCCUAUCAUAAAUUCAUGGCCUUCAAGUCUUUUGCGGACCUGCCACACAGGCCCGUCCUUGUGGACCUGACAGUGGAGGAAGGUCAGAGGUUGAAGGUUAUCUAUGGUUCAUGUGCUGGCUUCCACGCUAUUGACGUGGACUCUGGAAACAAUUAUGACAUUUACAUCCCUGUUCAUAUCCAGAGCCAUGUGACCCCACAUGCGAUUGUGUUCCUGCCCAGCUCAGAUGGCAUGGAGAUGCUGCUGUGCUACGAGGAUGAGGGCGUCUAUGUCAACACCUAUGGACGCAUCAUCAAGGAUGUCGUCCUGCAGUGGGGCGAGAUGCCCACUUCUGUUGCUCAUAUCUGCUCAAAUCAGAUCAUGGGAUGGGGAGAAAAGGCCAUUGAGAUCCGAUCAGUGGAGACUGGCCACCUGGACGGUGUCUUCAUGCACAAAAGGGCUCAGAGGCUGAAGUUCCUUUGUGAGAGAAAUGACAAGGUGUUCUUUGCCUCAGUGCGGUCUGGAGGCAGCAGCCAGGUGUACUUCAUGACCUUGAACAGAAACUGCAUCAUGAACUGGUGAAGGAGCAGAUGCUCUGGUCAGUGUGUGGAACCCAGCAGGGCUCAUAGAAGGAAGUGCAUCUGAAAUUCUUGCUAACGCAUGCACACAAAUGUGAACUUCUCUUUCUCUUAAUCUCUAGCCUGCUUACACUCAAGCACUCAUGCUCCAAAGACAAACACACACAAACAUAUAGUCUCACAGACAAAUACCCACAUGCACCAACAAUCUCUAAAUCCAUUCCAGGCCUACACUCCUUAAAAUGCAGUUUCUACUGAGGCCCCCUGAAAACAUUAUCCCUGGAAUCAAGAAAGAUUUCUGAAGAGCUUCAAAUGUUAAUACCAUCUAUUAAUUUGUACUGUAUAUAUUCUUGUCUUGAUUUAAUUUACUUGGUGGACCUGUGUUCAGUCGUAACUAUUUAGUUCCUUAUUGUGAAGUAUGUUAACAUUCCUUGAUGGUUCCACAGUACAUUUUGAGGAAGGCAUUAUUUAUCUAUACUGUAUGUCAAAAUGAAGCUGUAAAUAGAUAGCGCCUGACUCUUAGAAAUGAAUCAUUCAGCCGUCGUUCACACGGACAUCAGAUAAAUAUAAUGCUGGAAUGCCCAUGUACAGUGGCCUGUGGUCCCCAAUGUUUUAGGGCCCCUACAGUUUCAGGGAGGCUUCAAGGGAGGAUUUAGCACACACAUUAAUUACAAAGGGACAUUCAAGAUCAGGGCAAAGCGGCUUGUUUAAAUCUUUUCAGUUAUCAACAGUAGACAGUAACCAGAAGUCCUGCUUUUCCUUUCUUUUUCUAAUUAAGUUGCAACUCUUAAUCACAGCAACUAAGCCUUGAAUUCUUGAAAAGCAAAGACAAUUUCAGAUCAAAAAUAAAUAAUAAAACUAUUCUAAAGUCUCAUUAUGUGAAAUUCCGCGCUUUGCCUUUUUUCCAGUUAAGGUAAAACCAUUAAUUAUUUGUCUCAUCAGGCUUGUAUCUAAACUUUUUGUUUUAUGAAAUACACAAAUUUGAUAUUUAUAUGUAGUGAUUCUGUAUUGGUAUUAGCCUACUGGUAUUCUUAAUUUUACUGUAAUUAUAUUGCCAUUAUAUUGCAAUAUAUACUCUUCUUGUGAAGUCUUUGACAGGGGGAGUUUGUGUAUUUAGCUAGUAGUUACCAAGUAAGAUGACAACUCUGGAGAGGAGAGAUGGGACAGGAGGUUUGUCACUAAAGGAGGACGUUGUUUGAGAAAUGUGGGAGGAGGCUGUGUUAGCCUCCUCCCACAGUGAUCUACUCUACUGUAUUAUAUUUUAGUUCUUAGAUGAUUUUGUUAGCGUGGAUCUUCUUGUGAGACGUGUUUGUCCAGAGAAUUGCAGUAGAACAGCUCUCUGUGUGGUAUAGUUCAUAUUUGUCUUGGGCCAGUAGAAAGAUUUAAUGUGUGGGGACUCUGCCGCCACAGAGGACUCCAACUCAUCAGGCACUUUGGAAAACACGGCUGGAACUCACGAGACUUAAUAUAUUUUAUAUCUAUACAUUCUGCCAAAGUUCACACUAUAUUUUGCAACAGGGGUAUGGUUCAAGGCCAAAGUAAGAAGAGAGUAAAAUGGCGACUAUAGAUAGUGAAGAAGAAACUAUUCCUGCUAAUCACUAACCAAGGUUCCUAUCAGUAUAGAGAUCCAAAAAGUGAAUAAUAUUUUUUUUUGUGCUGCUUUUUUGUUUUUUUGUUUUUUGUUUUUUUCUUUUUUUUCACUAGUGCACACGGAAAUUAACUGUGUACUUUGCUGCAUAAGUGAGAUAUUGUGUGCUCUUACACCAGACAAUACAGUAAAGUAUGAGGGUGAAGCAGGAAGUAGCUUGACGAAUGAAAAGUUUUGCUCAGUGAGUCGCAGCAGCACUUUCCUCUGUACAGGUGAAUGUUUUGAAGUCACUUUAAGAUUGCUGGCAAUGAAAAUUCUUUGGAAAGGAAUCUUGGUUAGUGAUUAGUGGAUGGUCUGCUUAAGCUCACCCUUCAAGAUGAGGAUAUAUUUUAUCAAAAAGAAAGCUUUCAAGAAUGAAGCAUACGUUCAGGGCUGAGAGUGUUUAAUCAAAAGGUAUACAGAUAGAUGGUUAACUAAAUGGGGAUAUUAUAAAACGACUUGUAAACGGGGAUAGAAAGCACUUUCAUGUCAGUAAACAUACAAAUAUAUCUGAAGAAGAUACUUUGGUGUGCAUGUAAGCCAUUGAAAUAGAUGAUACAGUACUGUAUCAAAGUUGUUUGCCCCUUAAGUGAAUGUGUUUUUAUUCUUAAAUAUAUUUUACGUGCCAUGAACCACAUUUCAAAUUUCUCAAUUACAAUCCACCAGGCGCUCUGGCACCCAUGCUUUUUAUCAUCAAAAUAGUUUUUUUUUUUAUCAAUCUGCCAUGUUUACAGUUUAAGCAGUGCCUUGGAGUUGGGAAGGUGAGAGAGUUUAGGAAGGGUUGUGAGUGCCCUACCCCCACUUGUCUCUUACUUGAAAUCACAUGAAGAAGAGGCACAAAUAUAUUCGCUCCCUCGUUAUGAUUAGUGUUAUGUGCCAGUUAAGUGCACUUAAGUCAAAUCCAGAAUAUCCCUUAGAUGGACUUGUUAUGCUUGUUUGGCACCACAUGUAAAAACUUAAAAUGAUAAACAGAUGAUAAUCCAUUCUGAAAGUUGCAAUAAUAAAAAAGUUGUGUAAUGAAUCCAGUGUAAUGUAUAACACUAUCUACUCACAGUGGGAGCCAGCAUAGAGAAAAGCCAUGAACAUGUUUGUAGAGAAAACUUAGUUGUUGUUUGCAAAUCAAAUUAAACUCACUGUAUGAUGUGCACUCAGAAAAUGUAGGUUGAUGCUGCAAAGACGAAAUAAUUCUUAAUGGUGUUGACUGUGUAAUCUCGUAGUGUGGAGAGUAGCUUGAUAUAUUCUGAGAAGCCUAUUUUAUAAAUCAUGUAAAUUAGUCUAUAUUGAGAAAUAAAAGUGAAUGUACAUCUACAUGACAGAUUUGUAUUUAUAUAUAACGUGUUCCACUCUAUUAAUCUAAGCACAAUGUAUUUUAAGGCAGAGAUCAAAGCUAUAAUUGAGUGUAACAGAGAUGGAUUUUUUUCUUCUUCAUUUGAUCAGUCGUUAAAGUCGUCAGCGUGAAACCAGUCUAAGGUCUAGUUAAGCGAGUAGUCAGCUGUGUGUAUGUGGACGGAUGCUGCAGAGCCUCUGUUGCGUUAUCUAGACAGAGAUAGAAGUCUGUCCUCUUGUGACCAGAAGAGUCAGAUGUGGCUGUGAUUCACACAAUUGUGGUGACUCACAGAUUGGUGUUGGAUCUGGCCUCUGGUGUUAAUUGCCUACAUGGAGUUGACAGGCUGUUAAUAUUCUCAGGUGAUGACGGGGAUCAUCAUGAGGGCGUUGCGGUGCAGAUGUAACGGGCCUAAUGGUCCUCGUUGUGGAGCUCUGGGCUUUGGAAAUGUACAAAAACAGGCAGCCUUUAGCAAGUGAAAAGCGCAUUUAUUAAGUAUGUAGUUAAAAAUAUGGAGCCUGAGUCAAUAAUUAGUUGUUGACAACAUGUAUAAUAAUACACAUCAAUGCCUGUUUACAGGUGUUGGGGGGGUAUUGCUGCCUCUGGACCUGUGCCUAGUCUGAUAAAUUCCUUUUUGUGAUUAGGGCAGCUGUAACAAUCGUAACAUUUUAAUUGAUGAUGACAAAAAAUGUGAUUAACUGUUUGUCACUGUCAAACUUGUGCAGCAUUUCUUUAAAUGGUUGGUUUCAAACCAUCUUAAACUAAUGCUGUAUUUCUUUGGCUAAAUACAUUACAGUCACCAUAUUGCACAUUGCUAAGAAAACAUUUUGACAAAAUAAUGAAUAUGAAACGCAAUGAAUCAGUUAUGAAUCUCAACCUAUGAGUCCAAUCCAGUAUUGUCUUACUAUUUUUAAAAAAGUCUUAGUCCACCUUCUAGUUGCUUUGCAGUUUAAUUAAAUAAAAUGUACAAUGCACAAACAGUACACAGGUAGUAUACAACUAAACACUGUAAAAUUAAAUUAACAAAUUACGCUGCCUUUACAAAAAAAAAAAAAAUGUUGAAGAAAACAAAAGCCAUGUAAUCAUUUAUGUCAUUAUCAUAACUGCACUUCUCCAAGCAUUGCAGUUAUAUUAAGUAAAAACUCUUAAGGCUCACUAUAUGUUUUAGUAAGUCAGGUUAAAAAUAUUAAGCUUGUUUUAUUUUACGCUGCAUUCAUUUCUAUAAUGCGCUGCAGUUUGAAACACAGAAGAGCACUUGUCAAUUUCCCUAAAAGCACCUUAAGAUGUGAGAGCGUUUCGUUUGGUGCCACGGGGCCUUCAAAAGAGCUGAAUCUCACAACUCACACAGGUUUCGGGAAAUUUGCAUCAGUUUCACUCCAGAUUGGUCGCUGAAUUCAUGUCAGCAAGUCAGCUCUGAACAGCCAAGAUGAAAACUGGUCACCAGAAGUUGGCGCUGCUGAGUUGUAGUUUUGGAGCAUUAUCCUGAGAGAUGGUGUUUUAUUAUAAGCAAUACAUGCAUUUAAACAAAUCAAAACCCUGACUGUCCAUCUCAUUGUGACUUGCAGGUAGUGAAUCUUCAGUGGCCUUUGGCAGACUACAUGUAGGCGGAUUUGUGUGUGAAUCUUUCUGUACCUUUUAUUUCGUUUGUGAUCACAAGAAAGAGUUGCUUUUCUCUGUUGGUUCAACACAAUCACCUGUUGCUUGUUAUAUUAGUACCAUCCCAGAAACUGCCUUCACAAACUCUAAAGUAUCUAUAGACUGAUGAUAGAUAAUAUUCUGACCAGGCAUUCUUCUCUCAUAGCUUGUAUUUCUAAUCACUACGAAUGGAUUAGCAGCUGUAGCUGAGAGUGUGGCAGAUCAAACUUUGGGGAGCUCUAAGAUGACAUGGAUCUUUGACAGAACUACGAUAUCUAAUAUUCUUUUUCAAUGACUUUUUUUUUUUUUUUUAAAGACGUUAACAUCUUUGCAAUGUUAUAGUGUGCGCGCGUCUGUGUUACUUGUGAGAGGUUAACUCCAGAUUGUAUUUCAUAGACUGAUAAACUUUAAACUUUCAAGAGAUUGUGUUGAAUGAAUUCAUGUCUUACUACAGAUUGUUUGAAAAAUAAAAUACCUUGAUCUCA